GCUGGAGACAGUUCCGUCAUAGUGUCCCACCUCGACGCUCCGGGGUGGAAUGAUCAACUGCAAGUCUCAAGUUUCUAGGGGAUUCUCCCGACAAACAACUUUCCACGCAUUUCCCUCCACGUACAGUAUUAAGGUCAAUUGAUGACAACAGGCUCCAUGAGCCAGGCUUAACUGCCUUCUCAGAUUUAUUAAUUUAUAUCACAUCAUAUACAUAGGCAAUCCACAGUCCAUCUACGUUGCACAGCCAAAAUGAGUCCCGGCAGAGCACUGCGGGGCAGCUGCCAUUGCGGCCGAAAUCAGUACAUCGUCCGAAUUCCUGACAAUUCAGCACGAGAUGCACAGGUUCUCUUUGACACGAAUGCUACUCAGAGAAUCGCCUCUGCUACACCCCUCUCAGCUUUCCUCCGCGUGCCUCUCACCUGGUAUCACAGUCGGACCUACCCAUUCUUUGAGGACGAGUCGAGAUUGGCUAUUCGACGCAUUUACGCGCAUCCAUCCGAGGAGCACACACAAAGACACUUCUGUGGUUUUUGCGGCACUCCAAUCUCGUACUUCACAGAACAACCCAGAAGCGAGGCAAACUUCAUCCAGUUGACCCUCGGCAGCCUCCUGACAGAAGACUUGCAUGAUCUGGAAGAGUUGGGUCUGCUAGCUGAAGAUGACCAAGGCGACAUGAUGGAUAUAACUCCAACAACACCCGGAGCAGGUAACGACUCGCAAUUGACUGGGCGUGACUUCACUCAUAUCCCUUGGUUUGACAGCAUGAUGCAGGGAAGCCGUCUGAGCAACGUCCGUACCAGCCGAGGUGCUCGGGAAAGCCGGGACGGCACUGUGCAUGUGGAAUGGGAGAUCACCGAAUGGACUGGCGAUGACAACGAUGAAUCAUCCGAGUCUUCAGCUACGGGUAAGAGGAAGCGCGGAGCCACGGAUCAGAACAACGCUUCUGCUCGAGCCAGCGCGCAUUGAUUCAAAGCAUUGUGUCCUCUGCGAUGGCUGAGAGGUCCGCAGAGCCGUACAACGCUCGCAUAGGGCCUCGCCUGUAACAUAUCGACUGGCGUAUAAGGUUCUUUGGCUCGGCAUUUGUGAUAGGGCGUUGUCGUUCAUUUUUAUGGAAGGCUUGGCGGGCAGGCAAUUCCUACGGCAGCUAGGUAUGGGACCACAAUGAUGUCAAAAACCCUGAGCAUAAUUCAGAGGAAAAUUCUGCUGAAGGAUGAAGACCCGUGUUUCCGGAUUGACCUCGCAUACAUCGAGUAGAGAGGAGUUUGCAAGGCUGAGGUAAGCGCAUAGUGCUUUCUGUGAUUUAUCGCCAUGAGGCGGCGGGAUAUCGAGGCUUUAGAUCUGCGCUGCAUUCACGGCCGGCACUGCUAGCCGCUGCACAUAGGAAAGCGCUUCCGCAUAUUAUGUAUAAUACAGCGCAUUAUGGAAGAGUUGAGCUUCGA